ACAGGCACAAAAAUAAAAUAUAAUAAUAAUGAACGGUGGGCGGUGGGUUACAUUAAAAGCUACCUGCGCUUGGACAUGCUAUGGACUCCAAAUAUACUAUGUUAUACGACACGCCAACAGUGCGACAGUGGCUGUCAUAAGUUAAACACGCGUACGCCCUGUGUCUGGCUCCCUACACGAUUUUUUAGUUUAUUUAUCGAUUAGCCCCGUGAACUAGUUUCCGUCUAGUUGUGUCUGGGUGUUAUUUAUGUGUGUGUGUCUGCUGCAACAAGCGGCAGGGCAAUUAGGUCUUCAACUUUGACAACGCCGUUGCCCAGUAUUUUCUUUCUGCCUCUUUUUAAUGCGAGUUACGCGAAGUUUGCGCUGCCAAAAAGUUAAAGACUGCCGUGACGCAAAUUUAACUGUGUGAAUCCUGGCCAAAACCGCAAUGCCAACUGCGCGCGUUUAUAUCGAUCAAACACAGGAGCACAUGUGAGCCAGUGCCAGGUGAGUGUUCAGCUGUGUGUGUGUGUAAGUGUAUGGCAACGUGAAAAGUGCCAAGCAAUGCAUUAGACAGGCCAGCGGCAGCAAUCGGGCUGUGUGUGUGCCAUACUCAUUCAGCCCAACUCAGCCCAAACGGCCAGUUUAGACCUGGGCAAUAGGGCGACGCAUAGUCUACGCUGAUUGGAAUCUAUAAGAGUUGUAGCCAAGACAUCGCACGCGAAUCGAGUGCCGUCAAAGAAAAGUGAAAGGCCGAAGACAUAAAUCCAAAAAGUGGGCGGCAAAUGUGUUACGUUAAUUGAAUUUCUAUUUAUAAAUUGGCCAGCGAAGCGAUUCAAUGCGCUCAACAAGGAAUACGCCUUGCCAUCUGUAAUCCAAUCAAGUUGCACGCGGCAUGGGUGACUCAGGUGAGUGUGGCAGAUUUCUUGAGCUGGCCGCUGCUCCUUGAUAAAUCACGGCAGUGCCGCCCAUUUGGGUUGCAAGCAACGCAACCGCGACUAUUCAAUUUCAUACGUUGACGUUUGAGGCGGCAGUUCCGUGGCAGUUGCAGCUAAAAAGUUGCAAACAGCGCGAUAACCAAGACACGCAUAUGUGUGCUGCUCCUCCUUCUUCUCUUCCACCUGUCGAGCUUAAAGAUAGCAGCGCGGCAGGAUUAACCUUUUGCGAUACGGUAAGGUGUUGUGAAAGCACUUCUGACAUCAUGGCUGCCGGAUUACCAGUCGCCAGUUGCAUUAGAAGAGUCUUAGAAGUUAGCAGCACUUGCGCCAUACCGGAGAUUGGCCAAAAUGCUGGGCAUAGCUUGUGAUCCGUUGCAGCAUACGAGCAUGUAUGAGCGCGGCUCGGAUGAUAGCGAGGACAGCGACGGUGAGGGUGGUUUGGGCAAUGUGUCGCGCGUGAUCAUACGUCCGCCCGGACAGAGCGGCAAGGCUAAGCGCGGACAUUUGUGUUUCGAUGCGGCCUUUGAGACUGGAAAUCUGGGCAAGGCGGAGCUGGUGGGCGAGUUCGAGUACGAUUUGUUUCUGCGUCCAGACACUUGCAAUCCGCGCUAUCGCUUUUGGUUUAAUUUUACCGUCGAUAAUGUGAAACAGGAUCAGCGUGUGCUGUUCAACAUUGUGAACAUCAGCAAGAGCCGCAAUCUGUUUAACUGCGGCCUCACGCCACUUGUGAAGUCCUCCAGCCGGCCCAAAUGGCAGCGUUUGCCCAAACGCCACGUCUUCUUCUAUCGCUCGGCCAUGCAUCAGGGUCACUAUGUGCUCAGUUUUGGCUUUAACUUUGACAAGGAGGAGGAUGUGUAUAUGUUCGCCCUGGCCCUGCCGUACAGCUACUCCCGCUUGCAGUCCUAUUUGAAUGUGAUCGAGGCACGCCAGGGACCCGAAAAGCGUUUCACGCGCUCCGUUCUGGUCAAAUCUCUGCAAAAUCGCAAUGUGGAUCUGCUGACAGUGGAUCAGGUGACGCACAGCCAGCGUCCGACGAAUCGCCUGGAGCGUAGCUUCAUACGCGUUAUUGUCAUACUCUGUAGAACGCACUCGAGCGAGGCGCCUGCUUCUCAUGUUUGCCAGGGCUUCAUCGAAUUUCUGGUGGGCAAUCAUCCCAUUGCGCAAGUGCUGCGCGAGCAUUUCGUAUUUAAAAUUGUGCCAAUGGUCAAUCCGGAUGGUGUCUUCCUGGGCAACAAUCGCUGCAAUCUGAUGGGCCAGGAUAUGAAUCGCAAUUGGCAUGUGGCGUCCGAGUAUACGCAGCCGGAGUUGCACGCCAUCAGAAAUAUGCUAAAAGAGUUGGAUAAUUCGGAUACAUAUCAGAUUGACUUUGUGAUCGAUCUGCACGCGAACAGCAGCAUGCAGGGCUGCUUCAUCUAUGGCAACACAUACGAGGAUGUCUAUCGCUAUGAGCGGCAUCUGGUAUUCCCACGGCUCUUUGCCAGCAAUGCCAAGGAUUAUAUCGCCGAGCAUACCAUGUUCAAUGCGGAUGAACGCAAGGCGGGCAGCGUUAGGCGCUACUGCUGCGAGCGUCUCAGCGACACGGUGAAUGCGUACACCCUGGAGGUGUCCAUGGCGGGUCACUAUCUGCGCGACGGCAAGACCAUUGCGCUCUACAACGAGGAUGGAUAUCAUCGCGUUGGACGCAAUGUGGCACGCACUCUGCUGCAAUACUAUCGCUUCAUCAAUGUGCUGGCCGUGCCGCUGGUGUCGGAGAUGCGUCUGCAGGGCAAGCGACGCGGCAGACCGCGUACGCAUCAUUCGCGCUCCCGUUCCAGGACACGCUACGAGGUGAAGCCGAGGCCAAAGACGACACGCUGUCAUGCGCCCAUUGCGUACACUAAUCUAAGCAUUUGCUAUGACUCAGCCGGCGGCGGUGGCGUCUCCUCUGACGAGGGCGGCUUCUCACCCACGCGACCCCCCAUACCCAUUGCGCCCGGCAGCAGCUGCUUCAGCGGCUAUCGCAAUCACCGGCGCGCUGUAACCGCCAGCUGUGCCCACCACGAUCAGUAUUCUCUUGGCUUGAGCGAACCGGGCGCGUGCAGUCGCCGCAAGCGAGCCGCCGCCGCUGGCCCUCUCACCAUAGAGCUGGGCGCGCCCACGUUGGGCGUCAGUGUGCCGCCCAAGCCGUACCUGUCCAUUAUCGAUCUGAAUCAGCUGACCCGCGGCAGCCUAAAACUGAAGGCGAGCAGCUUUGAUGCCGACGAUCGGCGCUAGGUUGAAGUUGAACUGUGACUCUAAUUGAUUUUAUAUGCUUAACGCUUUUUUCCAGCUGUGUUUCCCUAAAUAAACAAUUAUGUCUAUC